GAGACCGGAUUCCACCUUUUCCUUCGGGAGCGCAACUUCCACCUUUAUCGGAUCCGUCCCUGGUCUGCGCCCCCCCCCCACCACGAAAGCGCAUUUUCUCACGCAGCGGCGCGCAGCCUCUCCUCCUGUAACGGGCGCAUCUCCUCUCCAAAAGCGGGAUCCUCUCUCCUUGGCGCAUUUCCACGGUGGCCGCGCAGCUUUCUCCUCCUCGGAUCCGUCCCUGGUGGUCCCGCCAUCCUCACCUGCGCGUUCCCCCACCUUCGGGCGCAGCCUUUCCCCCAGCGCAUCUUUCUCGCGGGCAGGAGCGUCUCCACUCGACACUUGCGCCCUCGAGAGCGCAUUUCCAGCCUUUCCCUUGGCCUGCGCGCCCGACGGCGCAUUUUCCCUCCUGACCGUCUCCAAAAAAGCGCAUUUUCUGCAUUGGGGCUCAGCCUUUCUUCGUUUGUCCAGACAGUCUCCUCGCCUACGCCCCCCAAAAAGCGCAUUCCCCAACAUUGGGGCGCAGCGUCUCCGAUUGCGGCCUCCGGAGCGCAACUCCCGCGCCCCGUCGCCCUCUCCUGAAGCACCUUUUCCACGUGCGCCCGCUGGCCGGAGACUCCCGUUGGCUCCUCUGCGCGCAACCGGAGCGCAUUUCUUCUCCCGUCCGUUUUGCGCCAUGGCGAGGCUGCUGCCAGAGGGACCCUGCGCCGGCGCCUGCUGAGCGCCGCUCUUCGAUUCGGAUUCCCAUUCGCUUCAGGUGAAUCGGCCGGCCCCACCGCUGUCCCCCUUUCGGGGGUGCUGACCCCCCCUCCCCACCCCACCCCGACCUCACACCCCUCGGAAAUGCGGGGACUGCGCGGCGGCGCAUGGGCUGCGCUCUGUCUUCUCUCCUGCUGCUGUUGGGCGCACAGCCCCUCCACUGGCAACAUCUCGGUGGUCAAGGACAUUGUGGACAAGCUCCUCAAAGGCUACGAUGUCCGCCUGCGGCCCGAUUUCGGAGGGAACCCGGUGGUGGUGGGGAUGAGUAUUCACAUCUCAAGCAUAGACCAGAUUUCUGAAGUCAACAUGGACUAUACCAUCACCAUGUACUUCCAGCAGAGCUGGAGGGACAAGCGGCUCGCCUACGGCGAUCUGCCAUUCAACCUGACGCUUGACAACCGAGUGGCCGACCAGCUCUGGCUCCCGGACACCUACUUCCUGAACGACAAAAAGUCCUUCUUGCAUGGCGUCACUGUCAAGAACCGCAUGAUCCGCUUGCACCCAGACGGCACCGUCCUCUACGGCCUGAGGAUCACGACAACCGCUGCCUGUAUGAUGGAUCUCCGGAGAUACCCAUUGGAUCAGCAGAAUUGCACCCUGGAAAUUGAGAGCUACGGCUACACCGUCGAUGACAUUGUCUUCUUCUGGCAAGGAAACUCUUCGGCCGUGACGGGAAUGGAGGUCUUGGAGUUGCCCCAAUUUACCAUCAUUGAGCAGAAGCUGGUCACCCGUGAGGUGGUCUUCACCACUGGGUCCUACCUCCGCCUGUCCCUCAGCUUCCGCAUCAAGAGGAACAUCGGCUACUUCAUCCUGCAGACCUACAUGCCCUCCAUCCUCAUCACCAUUCUCUCCUGGGUCUCCUUCUGGAUCAACUACGAUGCUUCGGCUGCCCGGGUGGCCCUAGGGGUGACUACCGUCCUCACCAUGACGACCAUCAACACCCACCUCCGGGAGACGCUGCCCAAGAUCCCGUACGUCAAAGCGAUUGACGUCUACCUAAUGGGCUGCUUCGUCUUCGUCUUCCUGGCACUGCUGGAAUACGCCCUGGUGAACUACAUUUUCUUUGGGCGAGGGCCCCGCCAGCAGAAGAGACGUGCCCGGCGCCUGGAGCCCCGGACUCAGCCCGACCCGUACAGCAACCUCCUCCUAGCUGGCGUCUCUGACAGCAACUGCCCGCUCUUCUCCACGUCGCCCUCGCCGGACCCGCGCCCCUGCGGCCUGCGCAGGUUUGACUCUUCAGGCACCGCCCUGCACUCCCGGAAGGCGCCCGCCUGCCGCACCACCCAGUCCAACUGCCGCCUGCGCCGGAGGUCGUCCAAGCUGAAACUGAAGAUCCCCGACCUGGCCGACGUCAGUACCAUUGACAAGUGGUCCCGGGUUCUAUUCCCCAUCACCUUCGGCUUCUUCAACCUCCUCUACUGGUUGUACUACGUCAACUGACAUCCGACAGGGAGAGCACCCAGUGUCGGGUUCAGGUCCUGCCCACACUCCUACCCCAGCCUUGCCUCCUCUCUGCUUCCCAUUCAUCCUGUCUCCUCACGGUCCCUUCCUCUUCCCUUAAGAGUCACUUCCUGUACACUCUCAGGCACUUCCUGUUCCCUUACGGCCCCUUCCUGUUUUACCCCUGUCCCUUCCUGUUCCCUUCAGUUCACCUCCUCUUUGCUCUCAGGCACUUCCUGUUCCCCCACAGCCCCCCCCCACAAUUCCUCUUUGCUCUCAGGCACUUCCUGUUCCUCCACAGUCCCUUUUACUCUCCCUCAGAGCCCCCUUCCUGUUCUCUCACAGCCACUUCCUGUUCCCUCUGAGGGACUUCCUGUUCCCUCACAAUCCCUUUCAUCUCCUUCACAAUGCAGUCCCUUCUUAUUCUCUCUCUGUCCCUUCCUGUUCCCUUAAAAGUUCCUUCCUGUUCUCUCACAGCCACUUCCUGUUCCCUCUGAGGGACUUCCUGUUCCCUCACAAUCCCUUUCAUCUCCUUCACAAUACAGUCCCUUCUUAUUCUCUCUCUGUCCCUUCCUGUUCCCUUAAAAGUUCCUUCCUGUUCUUUCACGGCACCUUUCUGUCCCCCUCCCCUCCCCACUUCCUGUCCCCUUGGAGCCACUUCCUGUUCCCAAACCAGCCAUGGAGAACCCACCGUUUUGAGUAACGGGAAACGAGGAACAAGCCACGCCUCCCAACUUCCAGUACUUUCUCUUCCUCCUGCUCCUUGGACCGGCCGGGCUUCCUUCCCGCCGGCCACUUCCCUUCUGUUGCUUCUGCCAUUACAGGUUCCGGCUGACGGACUUUUCGGAACCAACUUGAACCGAGUUUACAGUUUUCUACCUAGCGACCGACCGACCAACAGGAUCUCUCCGUUCUCACGUUUGGGGUUUUACCCCCCCUGUUGUUCUGGGAGGGAUUUGAGGAAAGAGGGAUUUGCUCCUGAGCGUGUGCAGAGUUCCCUUUUUUUCUAAGCAAUGUACAUGAACCUUAAAAAAACACAUUUUGGAAACUGUUCGAUAUCCGUUGGUCGGGAAUCUUUCUUGUCUUUGCCCCCCCCCUUAUAAAAUCGGAGAAUUUCACUUUAAAUA